AUGGCCAAAGGGAAAGAAAAGCACUCCUCUGGCACUAAUGAGGACCUCCAGAAGGGAGGUGCCUCCGCCACAGAAUCCCAGCCUGCCGAAAUCCCCCAGUUCGCAGACGGCGCCUUCGCUGGCCUACGACAGAAAAUCGAGCAACGGUUGAACAAUCAGAGCUCUGGUAAGGGAAAAUCGAAGAAGGACAACAAGCCCCAGCCAUCGAUUGAGACGCCCAAGAAGGAUGCCGCCCCCAAAACCGGCAAGAACCAAGGCUCUGCUCAAGGCAAGAAGCGGGAUCGCAAUGGUGAAGUGAUUGCUCGGGAGGAGCAGAAGGGAGAUAAGAAGAAGCAGGGUAAACCUGAGGGUGCCAAGAAAAGCAGCAACAACGAUAAGCUGCGCGAGGAGAUUUUGGCGCUGGGCGGCACCGAGGAAGAUCUGGAUCUUCUCGAUGGUGUCGACUCGGAGUCCGAGGUCGAGGGUGCGCCAUCUCAAGGGAAGAAAGGAGGCGACGAGGACUUGCGGAAGGAGCUUUCAAAAAUGCUGGAGGCUUCCGGUCAUGUCGUUCCCGACGAUCUAGAGGACGAUGAGGUUGAGGAGGAAGAAGCAGAGGCUGAAGCUGAAGCUGAAGUCGAGGAAGAGGAAGAGGACGAAAUUGCACAGGCGGACAGUGAAGAUGCCAGCGAGCCCGAGGAGUUUGACAUUGAGGAAACAACUCAGGUCAAACCGACCAAGACGAAGGAACCCGAAAUUGUCGUGCCCAAGGAAUUUGCGAAGCUCACCUGCCUUCCCCGGUCCGACUGGUAUAACAUCCCUCUUCCCCCGCUGAAUAGCGCGAAGCAAAUGAAUGCCCUUCCUCGUCACUUGGUCGAGCGCAUCCAUGAAGUCGCCAACACCUUCCUCCAAGAAGAGACAGACCAGUAUGCGGAAGCCCAGCAGGCCUCUGCCUCCUCGUCACACAAGUUCUAUACGACCAUCAUGGCCUCCGGUACCCUGAGUGAUAAGAUCUCCGCUCUAACCCUCGCCGUGCAAGAGUCGCCGCUGCACAACACGCUCUCUCUGCAGAACCUCAUUGGUCUCGGAAAGAAGCGUAGCCGUGCGCAAGCGGUUGAGGUGUUGCGUUCUUUGAAGGAUAUGUUUGCGCAGGGUACUCUGCUGCCCAGCGAUCGGCGACUGAAGUCGUUUGCCAACCAGCCCGGUCUCGUUGCAGCAUUCCAAGGCGCUGGUGGGCGAUGGACAGAGCGGGACCCGCUUCCUGGUGGCUUGCAGAAGAGCCACCUGGUGGUCUGGGCCUUCGAGGACUACUUGAAAGAACAAUUCUUCGAGAUGCUUAAGAUCCUGGAGAUCUGGUGCAAUGACGAGAUCGAAUUCUCUCGAUCCCGUGCCGUCAGUUACGUGUACGAGCUCCUCAAAGAGAAGCCGGAGCAAGAAGCCAACCUGCUGCGUCUUCUUGUGAACAAGCUUGGAGACCCCGGCAAGAAAAUUGCUUCUCGAGCUUCGUAUCUGCUGUUACAGCUGGAGCAGCAACACCCGCUCAUGAAGCCCCUCAUCAUCAAGGGCGUUGAGGAGCUGCUGUUCCGUCCCGGCCAGAGCCAGCAUGCCAAAUACUACGCCAUCAUUACUCUGAACCAGACGGUUCUCAGUACCAAGGAGCCAAAGGUUGCUGACCAAUUGCUGGACAUUUACUUCUCCCUCUUCGUUACCUUCUUGAAGCCCACCAAGCAGGCGGCCAAGGCCAAGCAUGGCAAGGGCGCCAAGGGCAAGGGCAAGGGCAAUGAUGAGACCAAGGGCGAGGCCCAAACCGACGAGAUGCGCGAGAAGUUGACUUCGGGUGUCUUGACUGGUGUCAACCGCGCUCACCCUUUCACUGACGCAGACUCCGACCGCCUCACGAAGCACAUCGACACGCUUUUCCACAUUACGCACUCGUCAAACUUCAAUACCAGCAUUCAGGCUCUGAUGCUGAUCCAGCAGCUUACUGCCUCGCACCAGAUUGCCAGCGACCGCUUCUACCGGACUCUGUACGAGUCCCUUCUGGACCCUCGCGUUGCUACCUCCUCGAAGCAGUCACUCUACCUGAACCUCCUAUUCAAGGCUCUCAAGAACGACUUGAACAUCCGCCGGGUGAAAGCAUUCGUCAAGCGCAUUGUCCAGGUGCUCGGAAUGCACCAGCCAUCUUUCGUUUGCGGUGUUUUCUACCUGAUCCGUGAGCUCGAGAAGACCUUUACUGGCCUUUCUUCUCUGUUCGAUCAGCCCGAGGAUAACGAGAGCGAUGGUGAAGAGGUCUUCCGAGAUGUUCCCGAUGAGGAUGACGAGGAGCAGCCGCAGCCAACACCGGUCGCGGCCAAGAAGCAGAGCAACGGAUACGAUCCUCGUAAGCGCGACCCGGAGCACAGCAAUGCCGACAAGACCUGUCUCUGGGAAUUGCUCCCUUACACUUCUCACUUCCAUCCCUCCGUGUCCGUCAAUGCCGCGAAUCUACUCGAGCACCGGCCCAUGAGUGGCAAGCCCGACCUGACUAUCCACACGCUCACUCACUUCCUGGACCGCUUCGUGUACCGCACCCCCAAGGCUGGCGCUGCUUCUCGCGGUGCCUCGAUCAUGCAGCCCCUGGCCGGUGGCGAUGUUGCCGACCGACUAGUAGAGGCCAACAAGUCGGCGCCGCAUGCCGUGCCACUGAACUCGGAGAACUUCUGGAAGAAGAAGGCCGCGGAUGUGGCCGCGGAGGACGUCUUCUUCCACCAGUACUUCAACCGCGUUAACAAGGACAAGGUCAAAGCCAAGAAGGGCAAGAGUGCCGUUGACCCCGUUGAACGCGACGAGGAGGAUAUCGAUGAUAUCGAUGGUAUCAGCGAGGACGAGGAUGAGAUCUGGAAGGCGCUAGUCGACUCUAAGCCAGAUCUGGAGGCCGACGACGAGAGCGACGAUGACCUCGAUCUGGACGAUCUGGAGUCUGCCUACUCCGAUGAGGAGGGUGAAGGCGAGGCGGCCGGUGACGAUGAGGUCAUCUUCAACGACGAGUCCGACGUGCCAUCCGACGAAGAGAUGGAGGAGGCCGACUUUGACGGAUUCGACGACGAGGAGGCCGCACCUGCUCCCGCGAAGAAGGGCAAGAAGUCCGCCAAGAAGGAAGAGCCCGAGGAUGACGAGGACGUCUUCGACAUGGACGUCUCCGACGACGAGGCCUUCCUCGACAGCGAUGACGAUCUGCCGUCGGACAUGGAGCUGGGUGGCGUGGAGUUGCCUCCGGCCGAGACGGCGCCGUCGGCAUCGGCUUCGGAGCGCAAGAAGCGCCGCAAGCUCAAGCACCUGCCGACAUUUGCCUCUGCGGACGAUUACGCGGCGCUGUUGGGCGACGAGGACGAAGGCAUGUAG